GAGACGCCGGUCCUGCUCCCUCCUCCCCCACCCCCGGCUGCCGACGUGGGGAAGGCGGCCGCAGGCUGUUAGGGGCCGGGGCGUGGGUCCCGAGCGGGAGGGGGGAUGGGAGGCCUGCGGCUGCUGGCGGUGGCCCUCACCUGCUGCUGGUGGCCGCCAGGCGGCCAGGGUAAGACCCUGCGGGGCAGCUUCAGCAGCGCCGCGGCCCGAGACGCUCAGGGCCAGAGCAUCGGCCACUUCGAGUUCCACGGUGACCAUGCUCUUCUGUGUGUCAGAAUCAACAACAUAGCAGGAGCUGUUGGGAAAGAAGCUAAACUCUACCUGUUCCAAGCCCAGGAAUGGUUAAAGCUCCAGGAAAGCAGUCAUGGUUAUAGUUGCAAUGAAAAAUUGUCCAAAGCUCAGUUGACAAUGGCCAUGAAUCAGACUGAACAUAAUCUGACUGUGUCCCAGAUUCCAUAUCCACAAACGUGGCACGUGUUUUAUGCAGACAAGUAUACGUGCAAAGAUGACAAUGAGAAUUCUCUGGCAGAAGAUAUCCCAUUUGAAAUGAUGUUACUAAACCCGGAUGCCGAAGGGAAUCCAUUUGAUCAUUUUAGUGCUGGAGAAUCUGGGCUACAUGAGUUCUUCUUCCUCCUAGUCCUUGUGUACUUUGUGAUUGCCUGCAUUUAUGCUCAGUCAUUGUGGCAGGCUAUUAAGAAAGGAGGACCCAUGCACAUGAUUUUAAAGGUCCUGACAACUGCAUUGCUGUUACAAGCUGCUUCGGCUUUAGCUAAUUACAUUCAUUUUUCCAGUUACUCCAAAGAUGGACUAGGGAUACCUUUUAUGGGAAGUUUGGCAGAAUUUUUUGACAUUGCUUCCCAAAUUCAAAUGUUAUACCUGCUUCUGAGUUUGUGUAUGGGUUGGACAAUAGUGAGGAUGAAGAAGUCUCAAAGCAGACCUCUCCAGUGGGAUUCUACUCCUGCAUCCACUGGCAUUGCUGUAUUCAUUGUCAUAACACAGAGUAUUUUGCUACUUUGGGAACAGUUUGAAGAUACCAGUCCUCACAGCUACCAUUCACAUCACAACUUAGCAGGGAUCUUGCUAAUCAUUUUAAGAAUUUGCCUAGCAUUGUCAUUAGGCUGUGGACUCUACCAGAUCAUCACAGUGGAGAGAAGCACGCUGAAAAGGGAGUUUUACAUCACAUUUGCCAAGGGCUGUAUCUUGUGGUUUUUAUGCCAUCCAGGUCUCGCAUGUAUUUCUGUCGUUUUUAGUGACUACCAAAGAGAUAAGGUUAUUACAAUAGGUGUUAUCCUUUGCCAGUCCGUUUCCAUGGUUAUUCUCUACAGACUCUUUCUGUCCCACAGUCUAUACUGGGAAGUCUCUUCACUUUCUUCAGUAACACUACCACUGACCAUAUCAUCUGGGCACAAAAGUCGGCCUCACUUCUGAUACUUGAUUUUCUUUAAAGGAAAAGUGAAUUGAUUUGAGAGUGCAAUAAGGAUCCAAAUGCAGUGACUUUUCUUUCAUACUUGUGGUAUGGAAAAUUGAACAAAGAAGGCCGAGCAUGUUAUUUAUACAACUGCAUUGAAGCAGUAUCAAACUGAAAAAAGGUAAUAAAUGUUUUGAAAUAUGCUUAAUAAACUUUGAAGAAAGAGUGUUGUUAUAAGGUGAUUUAUGCAAUUUCUCUGUGGAAAUUAAGAUGAAAAAGAAUUAUAUGAUAUUUUGGUAAGAGAUUCACCACUUACAAUGCCUCGUCUCAUAUCAAUAGUUAACUCAGGUUUGAUAGUCUUGUGAAAAGUAAUCAGUUAAAUGAUUACUUGCUUAUACAUAUCUAACUCCAGUUACAAAGUCAGUGUAAUACACUGAUUUAAAACUGCUUCUUUUUAUGCUUUGAGGAAAAUGCAUUUCGUAUUGGAGUUUAAAGGAAUUGAAAAUGAAAUUACUUCAGAAUGUGAAUAUAAAGUAUAUUUAUAGCUAAAUGAAUAAGCUUUUGUUUAUUUGUGUGUGGGGUUCUUCUCCAUUUUCUUCUAUCACUUCAGGCUCUCGUUCAGGUUCUAGCUUGAUUAGCAAAGGGUUUCUGACAGAUAAUUUAUGAAAAAUAACACUUAGAUACAUUACAUAGGUUAUUCGUUACAAAGAGUUCUCAAAUGUAAGCACUUAGGUGAAGAGACAAACAGGGUUCUAUGUUUAAAAAGAAAGAAGGAAAAAGUACUAUGUGAUAGGUACUAAAAUUUUAAUCCUGAUAUAAUUCAUUUCUCUUACAUUGAAUCCCCAAUCAUAAUUAAGCCGUAUACACAGAUUAAAUUAACAGAAGCAUUUCACAUAAAUGUUGGUUUCAGUCAUCAACUACCCAUGAAUUCCUGCCCAAGGAUACUUAAUCAGGAUUAAAUUUUCUAUGAAUAAUUGAAAAACAAAAUACUCACUGGAUUUGUUAUAAUCCGUGUUGGCACUGGAUUCUAAGUAGUUGCCAUCUUGAAUCCUUUGUAAUAAAGCCAUAUUUUUUUUGUGUAUGUGAUGCCCCAGUAUUGAGUAUGCUAGCUGCAAAACACUCUAUCAAGUGCCUGUUUAAAGAAUUGCUAAAUGGUUGUCAAUACCUGCUGUAUAAAAUGAGUAUUCCCAUUAGUAGUCACUGAUUGGAAAGGAUUCUGUUUCUGUGUGUCAUGUCAUUCAGACCUUUUCAUUUUCACAUCUGGCUUUAAAAAAAAUAUUCUUUAUCAACUGUCAAAGGUAUUACAUUUUUAAGCAAGAAAUGGUGCACUGAUCUGGUAAUUAAAGUUUUUAAUUAAGUAGUUAACGUAGCGUAACUUUAAUAUAUCUAUGGCUUCGUCUUUGUUUUUACCUGACACCUAGUCUCAUUGGAAAUGAACAGUAUUCUGUUUCAUUUUAAAGGCAAGAUGCAUAGGUUCUUGAGCAGCAAACUGGCAGAAUGGCAGAGGUCAGCCUGCUCAUUAAAUCAUUUUCCUAACAGUUCUCUGUAAAUUAUCUAAUAAACGAGGGCUGCAGGUUACCACUAGAAAGUCCGAAGUAUAUUUUAGGUUUACGUGAUCUGCUGUGGGGUCACAGCCUUUUCUUUUAGCCCGUCUCUCUCAUAACCCCGGUUUCUGUCUGUCGCGUUCAACUGAGGUGCAGUUAAUUAAGCAGGACAAAAAGGUAAAGUCUUUUCCUAAGUGUUGUGAACUUGCAACAGUGGAAAGGGAGUAACUUUUCUGUUGCUUACGCAAAGAUCACAGAAACUGUAAUCCGAAUAUAUGAAAUAUGUUGUUGUGCUUGCAUAUAUGAAACUUUAACAGGUCUUUUUUUACUUUAAUUAUCUUUUAAUUUAUGGUUGAAUUGUUGAUAAUUUAUUUUGUUAUUCAGGAGCCAUUGUUAAAUGAAGGAAAACAGUUGUUAAUAAUUAACAUAUAACACCUAAGACACUGUUAAUAAAUCUAGUAAUCAGAGCUCAGAAUUUAUAGUCCGUAAGUCGUGGCACAGCAUCGCUCUUCUCUUGCUGGAUGUUUGCAGGAGACCUGUCAGCGCCGAGCAUGGAAGGAUAGACUGCAAACUCUCCUUAAGAUCAAAACUGCUCUACUUUUCUUUCUGACAGAUCAUGCUUUCCUAAAUCUGUGUUUACAUUUUUUUCUUAAAGAAGAUGAGUAUGUCCAGAGCUUUUUUUUUUCCUUUUUUUUUUCCAUUUUAUUUCUUCCUUUAGGAGGGUAAAGAAAAUAUUUACUUCUGUUGACACGUGUAACAAUACUAGCUCCUACUUAACUGAAUUCUGCUGUGCGUCAAGCCCCUUAUCUUCGUCACUGAGCCCUACCGUGCUGGCAGAGCUCCCCUUCAACUGCGUGUGAGAGAGAAUAAAUGAGUUCUCUAAAGGCACCUGACUUCUCUUUCAUUUUUCUACUUCAUCCUCAUGAUUUAAUGAGCACCUAUUAGGUGUGUAUGUUUUCAGUGAGAAUGCGUGGCUAUCCAUAGUUAAUUUUGGCUGUUGAUUUUAACAUUAAACCUGAAAUUGUACUGAGGUCAGAAGUGAGGUUUCACGUGUAAGUGUGCACUGAGCACACUUCAGUAUUUGAACCUUGGCUUUCAGCUAGAGGCAAAAGAGUUUGUUUUAGGAAGGCUGUCUGUGGUCUCAACUUGUAGGCUAAGUCUACUGAAACUAGAAGAUUGGCAAGUCCAAGGCCAGCUGUGAUGUAGUGAGACUAGAACACAUGCAUCAACAUGAGCCCUGGCCCCUUCAGCACGUUUCCCUGAGGAGGCAGUGCCGAUUCUUGGGAAAUUCUUACGAAAUCCAGAAUUAUUUGUGUAACAUUCUAUUUAAAUAGCUUCAGUGGUGUCAGAUCUUCAAGAUUUUUGUUUGUUUUGAGAAGUAAUAUAACCAGUCAAUUUGAGACCAGAUCUAAAAAGGUAAUACCAUUUUUGGUACCAACAUGAAUUCUUGAGUUGAGACUAAAAUGACAAAAUUGGUUUUCCUGUGAAAUCUGAAAAGCAGUGUGGAAGCACACUGGCCUGAACUCUUGAAUAGUUCUUGAAGGAAUAUUGCUGCUUCCACACUCCGGCAGCCUUUCUGCACGUCUCCCCAGGGCAUCGUGCACAGCGUCCUCUAGGAGUGUGGCUUACAUAGAAAACCAGGAGAUCUGGAGGAGUCCUAGAGAGAAGUGGCCCUGCCCGCCAAAGCCCAUUCUCUGCACAGUGAAGGGAAAUCAGUUGGAUGAUAGAAUUCUUUGUGCUAAUCUUAGGCCUUUUUUUAAGUUCGAAAUUAUUUUAAAACAGAGUUUAAAAUGAUAAAUCAGACCAAACUACUACUGCCUUGUCAAAAACUCUCCAUUUGCUUUCCUUUGCACUUAGAAAAAAGUGAUCCAUGCUCAUUACCGUAUUCUACAAGGACCCAUGUGACCUGAUCCCUGCCUCUCUGACCUCAUUUCAUACCACUCUCCCUCUCACCAUACUCCAACCCCUUCAUCAAAAAAUACCGUGUUUGUAUCGCUGCCUCAGGGCCUUUGCAGUAACUAUUUCUGCCUGGAAUACUCUCUUCCAAAUCUUGGCAUUGGCUGUGUGGCUGAAUCCUCCUUGCCCUCCAGGUUCUCAGCUCAAAUAUCUUUCAGAGACCUCUGACCAUCGGUAGUGGCUUUAUGUGGUGCCAGUAUAGCUAAGCUGGAGAUAUGUUCCUCUUAAUUCUCCCUGCAUAAUUUUAGGAUCGUGUGGGUCACAAGAGAUGUGUGGUGUGAGAUUCAGAAGGCAGAAGUUAAGUAGCCAGAUCCAGAUUUCUAUAAUUGAAAGGUCCAAGCAGGGCACGCAUUGUUGUGGCUUACCCACAUUAUUGCGUAUCUGCUGGCUUAUCUUUUUGGUCUGUGGGCCAACAACCAGGCAUGCAGAAACGCCAGCUCCUGCUGGAUCACCUCCUUUACUUUCUCUGACUCCUCGGCCAGGUGUGUGUUUCAUUCUGUGACAGAGGGUGCCAGGUUCUGCAGCACAACCCUGUCAUUGAGGUUGGAGGCUUGGAGGCAUUGGGAGACUGGCAUGGGUUCCACUGAGUCCCCGUGGGUUCUGCUGUCCUCUCCUGGCAGGUCCCAGUAUGUUCUCGCUUCCCCCGCUUCACAUCCAUCCCCCCUUCCCUUUUUGGGGCCUCCCUGUCACAAAAGAACAGCCUCCUAUAAUCCCUAUUCCAAAUCCUUUCUUUUAUAUAUUAAAAAUGGUGUGUGAGUGAUACCCUAGUGGUUCUUCUCUGAUCAGAUGCUAACUGAGAGGUCAUCCGAACAGAUGCUACCCCAUCCGGAUUGCUCUGUCACAUUUCCCCUUUUCUUGUUAAACUUCCCACUUUAUCUUUGCCUGUUGCCUCUCACCCCAAUUAGAAUGUAAAUUCUAAGGGAGUUUGGCCAUCGUCUGGAUUGUUCACUGCUGUAUCCCUAGCACCUAGAGCAUUCCCUGGUGCACACGAGAUGCUCAAAAAUGUUUCUUGAAUUAAUGAAAGCAAUUUUGAAAAAGUUUCAGACAUGCACUUAGCAGUAUGGCAUGAAUUAAAUCAUAGAACCUCCCAUAAUGACUUAAUGCCUUCCUUGCCUGUUCCUCAUUUAAUUACAUGGAACCAAGAAUGUGUACAAAUCUUGCAUAGCCAAGUAGUUGUUCUGAAGUUUAAUCUCUAAAACUCAUCAGUUAUGAGAGGCUUCCUCAAGUUGUCAAAGAGGCAGUUUCUCUCUAUUUUAUAUAGUAUUGGAACUCUGUGCCUUGUUUCUCAGACCACUACAACUAAAAGCACCAAUUUAAAAGAAGUUUGAGUCAACUAGAGGAAUAAGGUUGAUGGCAGUGAGAAGUAGCUGGGAGAAAUCGGAAAAACUAAAAAUGGCACUAACUCAAAUCACAGAAGCCUGGGGUCAUGCAGUGUGGGUGAAAACAGCCCUGUGGCCUGAAUAGACCCUUAGGGCUUUGUUGUUCAGUAUAACUUCCGACAAUGGCUCUUAGUAAUCAAAGAUUAAAUUACAUGUAAUGUUCAGUAUCCUCAGAGAAAUGUGCAAAUACAUGGUGAUGUUUUAUUCUUGUUAAGUAGGUAUUAUGUGCAUAAUUGUGCAAAAAUCAGAAGGUUGAAAGGGUAAAAAAUUAAGUCAGCCAUUUCCCUUCCAUUGAUCCACACUCUGCUAUCAGUUUCUUGUUUAUUUUUGUGGAUGGCCUCAUGUGUAUAUAAACACGCACACAUAUAUGAAACACAAAUGGUACUAUAGUAUACCGUACACAAUGUUUUGCAUAUUCAGCAGUUUAUUCUGUGUCCUUACCUACAGAAUUGCCCCAUUUUCUUCAUUCGUUGCAUAGAACCCCAUUAUAUGGGUAUAUUUUAAUUUUUUUAAAUCAGUCCUCUGCCACUGGACAGUGUUAGUUUCCACUCUUUUGCUAUUACAAGUAGCUUCUAAACACUUGGAAUAAAAUAAAAUGGAUAAAAAAUAUGCCUCUUCCCCUCUUCCCAGCACUACAGCCCCCCUCCCCUUUCCAGGAUCUAAAUCCUUGGAAGUUCCAGAGUGAAUGAAGUGUCUUUGUUAUUCAUGGUGGAACCUGAUAGUUCAUGCUAAUGAGAUGACUCAGGAUGAAGGGUAGCCACACCCAAAAUACCAACCAUGUGAUUAGAGAGUUGGGGCUUUGGGGCACAGUGAUAACAGCCUGACCCCUGGGGUGGGAAGGACUGGAGAUUAAAUUCAGCCUUGUGGCCAAUGAUUCAGUUGGCUAUGCCUAUGUAAUAAAGCCCAACAAAAACCCGACACCAAGCUCAGGUGAGCUUUUUUGGUUUUUAUUUUGUUUAAUACAGUGGAAUUCUCAAUUUUUUUAUGGCUUCUGUGUUCUUCUUAUGUCACAGAUAGGAAAGCAUUACCUCUUUGAAAUUAUGUUUCAGUUGUCCAUAUUUUCUAGUAGAUUUACAUUUUUAUCUAUUUAAAGUUUUGAUUCACCUAGAAUUUAUUUUGCUAUAGAAUAUAAGCUAGGGAUCCAACUUAAUUUUUUUCAGAUGGUUGCCCUCUUUUACAACAUCAUAUAUUGUGUAAUCUACCUUCUCUUUACUGAUUUGUUGCUAGUCUAUUUCUGGGCUUAAGGCUAUUUCAGUGAACUGUUUGAUGCGUGAUCUAAAACUGCACUAUUUUAAUUAUUGUAGCUUUAAAAUAUGCCAUAUUGUCUGGUGGGGAGAUUUACCUGUUAGUGCUCUUCUUUGUUAUAAUUUUUAUGAUUAUACCUACCACUUCUUUCAUAAUGAACUUUAGAAUCAAUUUUUCUGAUUUUUAAAAGAAAAAUCUUGUUUACUAUUUCUAGUGGGAUGAACUAAAUUCCUAUAUCAAAUUAGGGAGAAACGACUUUAUUAACAUGUUGGAUAUUAAUCCCACAGAUGGUUGCUCAUCUUUUUGGCUCCUUAGCCAAGCAUUUCAUUAACUGUGUGAACCUGUGAUUGCUCUCAUAGUGAUCCAAGAAAGUGGUAUGAAAUACUUUUCUAUUUGUUUAAUGUGAACAUGUGUUUGCCAAUCACUUUUAAAGGACUUCUUUAUAUAGAUCUUGUACAUUUCAUUAUACCCCUUGGAUACUUGAGUGUUUUCUUUCAUUCUGUCUUGCAAAUGGCUGUUGUUUUACACAUGAAGUGUGUUAAUUUCUGUAUUUUAAUUUUGCUCCCAAUUCUAACUGAAUUAUAAUAAUUGUAAUAAUUUUCUAGUUGGUUCUCUUGUAUUUUCUAGGCAAACAGUUGUGUCAUUUGCAUAUAAUGAUCAUAUUUUUUCUCUCCUUUCCCUUUUUUACCUCUCAUUUUUACCCCCUUAUUGCUAGUAUCUUCAAAACAGGGUUAAUUGGUUUUGGUAACAUGGCAGUAAGAUUUCUACAUCCCCAUGACAUAAUUCCAAGCAGACUUUGGAAAGUUAAGUACAUAUUAUUGUGAUCCCUAGAGCAAUAACUAAAAUACACACACCACCACCACCACCACCACCACCACCACCACCACCACCCCUACACCCAAAUAUUUUGGCAAAAUUAAAAUAUGAAAGUUUAAAUGGAAUGCUAAAAUAGUGUUCAAAUAACCCAAAAGAAGAGAGGAAAAGGGAAAUGGGAAUUAAAAACAGAAAAAUAAGCAGAAAACAAAUAACAAACUGAUAGACCCAAAUCCAGACUUAUCAAUAAUCACACUAAAUGUAAAUGUUCUACAUAUACCAAUUGAGAGAUUGUCAGAAUAUUUUUUUUUUGUAUCCCAACUAUGCUGUAUACAAAAAUUCACUUAAAUAUAGUGAUAUAGGUAAGUUAAAAUGACAGGAAAGAUAUACCCAUGCAAACAGUAUGACUAUAUUAAUGUCAAGAUACACUUCAGAGUAAUGAAAAUUACCAGGGAUAAACAAAGGAUAAAAAGAUAAGAGUUGAUUCAUCAAGAACACCUCAGUCUUAAAUAUAUACACCAAACAGCAGAUCUUCAAACUACAUACAGCAAAAACUAACAGAACUGAAAAGAGAAAUAGACAAACCUUUAAUUGUAGUUGGAGACUUCAACACUCCUUUUUCAGUCAUCAUAUAUAGAACUGAAUAGAAUAUAGAACUGAACAACACUGUCAAUGGGAUCUACAUGACAUUUGUAGAACACUCAACCCAAGAGCAGCAGAAUAUAGUCUUUUCAGGUAUGCAUGCACCAUUCAUCAAGAUAGACUAUAACCUGGGUCAUAAAUUAUAACAAAUCUAAAAAAAAAAAAAUUGAAGUUAUCAAAUAGUCUCUCUGAGCCUAAUCAGUAACACAAAGAUAACUGGAAAAUCUACAAAUACUUGAAAAACAAACAAAUUAACCGUGGCUUAGUAAAAAUAAUUUGAACUGACAAAAUGAAAAUACAGCAUAUCAAAAUGCAUGAGAGGAAGCUAAAAUAUUUCUUAGGAAUAAAUUUAUAGCAUUCAAUACCUAUUAUACAGAGGAGUGCCUGGUUGACUUAGUUGGUAGAGCAUGCAACUCUUGAUCUCAGGCUUGUAAGUUUGAGCCCCACGUUGAAUACACAGAUUACUUGAAAAUAAAAUCUUUAAGAAACAAAAAAACAAUGCUUAUAAAGAAGGGAAGUCUUGAAUCAAUAAUCCAAAACUUUUAACUUAAGAAAAUAAAAAAUAAAUAAAAAAUAACCUCAAAGCAGUAGGAGAAAGAAAAUAAUAAAGAGUAGCAUUCAAUUAACUUGAUCACAGAAAACCAUGGAGAAAAUUAAUGAAACCAAAACUGGUUCUUGGAAAAGAUCAGUAAAAUUAAUAAGCCUCUAGUAAAAUUGACAAAGGAAGAAAAGGGGUAAUAUGAAUUAGCAGUCAUGAAAGAAGAGGUAUUAGACUUGGCAAAUAUUAAUAGGACAAUAGGAAAUACUGCAAAAAUCUACAUAAAUAGGACAAUUUAGGUUAAAUAAUCAACUCUGGAAAGUGUAUGUCAAGAACUAUGAAGAGUGUGAGAUUUUAUUAAGAAGCUAACUAUUAACCUGUUACUCUUUCAUAAAGGCUGCAGAGCACAUGAGACUCCUAGGUCAGAGAUGAAGGACUUUGUUACUCAUAGCUUGGCAAAUAUCACGAGCUUCCUGUUGGUUUGCAUGGGUUACACAUAAUUCCUACAUCCAUGGAGGCAAUAGAUAUAGUCCAUCGUGGCAAUAGAUGUAGUCCAUGGCAGUGGGAUUCAUGUAGCCCCCAAGAAACACCGAAGUUGAGAAAUUUAUCUCUUUUAUAACUGGUGCUGGGUUGAGAGGAAAAUGUUACUUCAUUCUGCUCACAGUCCUGAGAAAGGGUCGAAAUGAAGAGUCGUUAGAGCUUUACAUUCUUGGCAUAACCAGCAAGGUAUGCAGGGAUGCAUAGGGCCCAUAGCAUACUGCCACAAACACCAAACUACCAAAACCCACUCAAGAUGAACUAAAUAUCCCAAAUAGUCCUGUAACAACUAAGGAAUUCUUGUUUCAAAGCCUUCAGAAAUGAAAAUCUCCAGGCCCAGAUGGUUUCACUGGUGAAUUCUAUGAAACAUUUAAAGAAGAAAUAGCACCAAUUCUACAUAAUCUCUUCCAGAAAAAUAGAAGGGAGAGAAAAUGUAAAGCCAAUUCAGUGGAAAAGUGAAUGUCUUUUCCACAAACAGCGUUGGAACUGUUGGGCAUCCAUUUGCAAAAUAAAUGAACCUCAACUGAAACCUCACAUCUUACACAAAAAUUAACUCAAAAUAAAUCAGAUUUAAAUGUAAAGCAUAAAACCAUAAAACUUUCAGGACACUUAGGAUGAAAGCUUAGUCAAAGAGUUCUUAGACACCAAAAGCACAAACCCCACGGCAUGCCUGGGUGGCUCAGUCAGUUAAGUGUCCGACUUUGGGUCAGGUCAUGAUCUCAUGGUUCGUGAGUUCAAACCUUGCAUUUCCCUUUCUGCUGUCAGCACAGAGCCUGUUUUGGAUCCUCUCUUCUGUCUCUGCCUCUCCCCUGCUCAUGCUGUCUGUGUCUCCCAAAAAUAAGUAAACAUUUAAAAAAAUACAUAAACAUAAACCCAAGGAGAAAAUAUUGAUAAAUUUGACUUCAUUAGAAUUUAAAACUUUUGCUCACAAAAGAUAAUGCUAAGAAGAUGAAUAGACAAGCUACAGUCUAGGAGAAAAUAUUUGGGAAAUACAUGCCCAAUAAAGAAGUCCACAUAAAGAAUAUAUAGAGAACUCUUAAAACCCUUUAGUGAGCAGAUAACCCAGUUUAAAAAAAAAAAAAAAGAUGGACCAAAGUCUUCACCAGGCACUUUACCAAAGAGAAUAUACAGAUGACAGAUUGGCACAUGAAAAGGUGUUCAACAGAAGUAAAAUCCAUUAGGGAACUAUAAAUUAGAAUCAUAGCGAGAUACCCACUAUGCACCUAUUAGAAUGGCUAAAAUAAAAAUACUGAAAAUGCCAAGUCUUGCCAAGGAUGUGUAGCAACUAGAACUCUCCUACAUUGCUGGUGGGAAUGCAAAAUGGUAUAGCCAUUCUGGAAGACAGUCCUGUAGUUGCCUAUAAGUUAAAUAAAUUACCAUAUGACCCAGAAACCCCACUUCUGUGUAUUAACCCUCGAGAAGUAAAAAAGUAUAUUCACACAAAUGUCUGUAUGCUAAUGUUUAUAGCACCUCUAUACACAAUCAUGAAAAACUGGAAAUCCAAAUGUCCUAAAUUGACAGAAUAUAAUAUAUCCAUACAAAAAAUACUGUCAGUAAUAGAAACAAACUAUUGGUUCACACAACUUCAAUGAGUCUCAAAGACAUGAUGAAUUUAAAAAGCCAGUCUUGGGGCACCUGGGUGGCUCAGUUGGUUGAGUCUGACUCUCGGUUUCAGCUCAGGUCCAUGAUCUCAUCGUUUGUAAGUUUCAGCCCGGCACAGGGCUCCACACUGACAGUGCAGAGCCUGCUUGGGAUUCUCUCUCUCCCUCUCUCUUUGCCUCUCCCCAGUUUGUUCUCUCUCUCUCUCUCUCUCUCUCUCUCUCUCUCUCUCUC